AUGUAUUGUAGCAGGAACAAGCCGCAACUCUUCAGUCGACAAAGUUUACGGUCAAUAUCGAAGAACAGACGUCACUUCGUUCCCUACAGUACAACUACCUUCUAUUCACCUCAAAUUACUAGUGAGGAUGUAUAUGUAGCCCGCUCUUACUGCUCAAACCUUCUGAAAAAGUUUGAUUCACCAUCAUAUACCCUUCAGACCUUUGUCCCGCGCUCUGUUAGGGAUGCCUAUCUUUCCAUCCGGGCAUUCAAUAUUGAGCUUGCUAGAAUACCAGACCUCGUGUCUAACCGCGCAAUUGGUAGUCUGCGAAUGCAAUUCUGGCGCGACAACAUAACUCAAACUUUUUCAAAUGCACCACCGAGAGAGCCAGUCGCAAUACUUCUACAUCAUGCCCUACACUCUCUUCGAGAACGUCAUCCAGAUUCAAGUACCAAUAUGAUGAAGGCAUGGUUUCUAAAAGUUAUCGAUGCAAGGGAGCUUUACAUGGACAAUAGAUCUUACCCCAGUCUAGAUGCGUUGGAGGUAUACUCCGAAAAUACAUAUUCAACUCUAUUGUAUUUAAGCUUAGCUGCCCUACCAAUGCAUUCGGUGGCUAUCGAUCACAUUGCGAGCCAUAUUGGUAAAGCUAUUGGUAUUACAGCUGUGCUUAGAGGCUUACCACUAAUCGCAUUUCCGCCGCCACCAAAUCAUCACAGCAAGAGCUUCUCACCUUCAGCGACAGCUGUAGAAGGAGCCAAUCGGCGCCAAGGAACAAUUGUCUUACCGCUAGAUGUUAUGGCAGAGGCAGGUGUUAAGGAAGAAGAUAUAUUUCGACAAGCUAGUCAAGCUCCAGGGUUAAAAGAUGCUGUGUUUAUUGUGGCUACUCGAGCAAAUGAUCAUUUGAUCACAGCAAGGGAGAUGAUUAAAAAUCUUCAAAGAGGCCAUGGCAUCGAGCACGGACAUAAUCAUGGGGACGAUAUCAAUUUUAGGAAUGAUGAGCCUCAUAAAAAUGCCAGUUUGCACGUUUCUGAUAUUGAAAGAAGCUUUGGCUUAUUGAUGCAUGCUGUUCCAACGCGCCUCUGGCUUGAGAAGCUCGAAAAACUUGACUUCAACAUAUUUCGAGAAGAGAUGCGUGCUCGAGACUGGCUAUUACCUUGGAAAUCAUACUUAGCUUAUUCGAGAAAGUCAAUUUGA